GUAACAAAGAUUUCUUUGUAAUUUUCAGGGGAAUGAAGGGCCGGAUGUUUGUGCAGUAUUUCAGCUAUGACCAACUAUUUCAAGCUUAUCAGAAGGAUGACUUUAUUUUGGAUUUCUUCAAAGACCCUGUUGUCAUGGCAACCUUAAGUUUACUAUCAGACAGUGGAUCUUGGGGUCCUCCUGGAUUCACAGCAGAGAAGGUGGAGGUUGUGCAAGUUCCUUGUUCUGUGACGUCGAUGACCUUCUUUGAUCGUCUGGAGGGGGAGGAGCUUGUGAGAGAAGGUGGCCGCAUCGUCAAGUGCUUUGAUGAGUUUUACGAGGAUUUCACAAUAUCGGAUGAAGUCAGAAAGAUGAUUCUCCUUGAAGACUCUGAUAAUUACGAGGUCUUCUCUGAGCUGGAGAGGGAGCAGUUUCUCUUCCGUCUCUUUGAGCAUUUAUGUCUUGGUGGAUCUCUGUGCCAGUAUGAGGAUAGCAUUACGCCUUACCUGGAUACCACUAAGCUACUCUACAAAGAUCUUGUCAGUGUCCAAAAGGAUUCAUCCACCAAAGAACUGAGGGUCAUAUCCCAUGUAUUCAAGGUGAAAGCCUGGGAUAAAGACAAUUUCCAGUUUUACCCUUGUGACCAAGAUCAUCGGCAGACCUUUGCUUACUUCAUCGUGGAUCCCCUGAAAAGACACGUCGGUAUCCUCUACCAUCGCUUUGGAAGUGGCGUCUUCACAUAAGCCAUUUCAUACAUUCAACAGUAUUGAACUUUAUGAAAGUAUGAACAGUUUUCGCUGAUACGUCAUCAAUUUCCUAUGGACGGAUGUUUACAUAGAUGUACACAAAUUUGGUUGGAAAAGACCAUCGGCAGACCUUUGCAUAUCUUGAGAAGACGAGUCAGUUUUCUCUACCAUCGCUUUUGGAGUGGUGUCUUUACAUAACACCCGGCAUAUGAUUGCCUGUACGGUAUCGUGGCUUAUUUCCUAUGGACAGAUGCUGACGUGCAUCAACCAGCUUAGUUAGUAGAGCGUCCACCUCACAAUAGGGUGUUUGGAAGUUCUAGCCCCCGCCGCGUCAGACCAGAAGAUGUUAAAAGAUGAGAGUUGCUGCCACCCUGUCUGAUGUAAUGAUUCAAGGGGUAGAUUAAAGUUGAUCCGUCACUGCUCAGCGACUGCUGGGCUCACGAUCAAUUGGGCAAAAUUAUUUUUUUGAGGAUUUCUAUUUCUGAUUUCAAUUUCAAACAAUAUGAAUUAUUACUAUUAUUACGUGUAUGGAUAAUCCAUCAUUGGGUGAACAGUGAUGUCUUAUCACCUAAUAUUGGAUGGAAAAGACCUUAGACAGUACUACACAACAUAUCGGAUGCAUCCGAGAAUGAAUCAACAAGGGUACGCUAGGCUUUGCGAUCUAACAUGCGAGUUAGUAAAUGUUUAUUUGUAUCCCUACAUACGUAAUCAACAAAAUUGAAAGGCUGAGAUAGACCAUCGCAAAAAUAAUUGCAAUUCUAUAUCUAGAAUGGAUCAAACCUGAGCUGUUAUGUACAGCUGAUUUAAUAGGAUACCAUACUCUUAAUACAUGCAUACAUAUGUUGCAGUCUGUACCAUCAGUGAUGUUAUGUAUGUUAUCUUCAAUGUAGGCUAGAUUCUGAAAUGUGCAUUCUCAAAGCAAAUAAACAUUGUCAUGAGCAGAGAGAGAUUGCAGGAAAAUCCAAAUUUUGACAUGGGUGCAAUCUAUUGGGUGAGAAAUCUCAUGGAAGAUAACAUUACAAUUAUUGGUUUUGGUGUUUGCAUCUUAAAUUUUACCAGUUAUUUGGGAAAUAUUAUUAUCUUUUGAAGGAUGGAGCAAUUCAUAAGUGUUGCAUAUUAUCAGUUACUUCAAGUAGUUGUCCAUUUCCUCUCAAUGAGAGUGUACUCAACUAUUAAUUUGAAAACAAACUUAUUUUAGUUACACCAGGACACAACAAAACAGACUCAAACCGGCCAAAAUUCACAAGGGGUGCGUAAUCCAUUUUUCUUGUAUUUUUAGGUGCACUAUUAAAUGUGCGCACCUACCACUAUCACAUGCAUAUAAUUGGAUCAUAGUGGGGCAAUGCUUCUUUUGAGAAUUGGGACUGUGUUUGGUAACUAAGUUUCUAAAUACUUCAUGUUCCCCUGCAUGUAUUAAGUUACAUUUUAUUAUAAUCUUGAGCCGUCCUUGAAUUUUACACCUUGAUCAUGCGUUAUUGGAUAUUCCUUCUAAAUAUUGUAGAAAGGAAGUUAUUUCACUUUUUUCUUAUCUUGUAAAAUGUAAUUAUUAUUGAAAUGUUGUUGUUGUGUGUGUGUGAACUGAAUAUCAGUAUAAAUAGUGUAUACAUGACUUUCCAUGUUCAAUUAAAUUUGUGCUUUCAUUUUA